AUGGACCCCCCCGUGAACCAUGCGAAGGCCAGGGGAAGCAGAGAGCCAUGUUAUGAUGAAUACCACAACGAGAAUUUGCUGCAUCUGGAGAAAGAACCCAAUCUAGAUAAUAGAAUCCACGUGUUGAAACGGGUUCGUGGCAAACGUUGGCAAUAUGAACGCACGUACAGCUCCUAUGACACAUUCCCCUACGGGGGGAUCUUCUACAAUGACCUAAUCGUAAAGGACGUGAUAAAGUAUUGCUUCAAGCCGAGCGGCGACUACAUGGAUGUACAGCCGCAUGGCUAUCCAGUGACGCGGCCUGCAACGCAGCUUGGGACGCAGGCUGCAAUGCAGUCGGUAGCCCCGCCGGAGACCCGGGGAGCACCCGGAUACGUUUAUCUCGGCGCAGGCAUACUCAAGGAGACGCAGAGGAAGAAGCACAGGGAAAAAAACAGGAUGGUUUUUAUAUGUUGUCUUAACGAGGCGGUGCUCAGAGGGGGCGGCGAAAGAACCCGGGGUAGUGAGGGUGCCGCCCAACGUGAGAGGCGUGCACGCGGAGGAGGCAGCCCCGCAGACGCUAGAGGACAUAGCCAAGAAGUAGGAGUAGCGACAGAAGUGGCGGCAGAACUGGCGGCCGAAGUAGUGCCAGAAGUAGCCGCAGAAGUAGCCGCAGAUGUAGCGGCAAAAAGGGGAACGCGUCGGCGGAGAAGGAGGCAGAAGGAGGACAACCGACUUCGAGACAUAGAUGACCUUCUGAAUGGAAGAAGCUCCAAUCAGAACCCAUUUAUAAAGACGAAGACGUCGCUACUAUGGGAAGAUGUUAAAGAUAGGGAGGGGGGGAUGUGCACCGAUGUCAACAGGGACAAAAGAAACCUCAGCUUUGAGUCCUUGUAUUGGGAGUCUGCAUUUGCGGGUUCGCCCGGGGGGGGUAAAACGUUCGGAGGGGGGAGCAAUGUCCGCAGUGGUGGCGCCGUCGACGACAGUACAGACGAUCGUAGUGAUGACCGCAGUGACGACCGGAGUGACGACCCCAGUGACACUCGUAGCGAUGGGGAGUCUUACGAAUCUUCGGACCACUCCUCCGAGGAGUAUUCCCCGGGGGGUUCGGAAAACUCCACGGAUGAGAGCCCCUCUGACAGCUCGAACGACGACACGGAAGAGGACUCCUCCGAGGGAAGCGACCACGGUGGAUACACUCGGCACGGUCGGCACGAUUGUCAACCUCGGAAAGCUCGCCACACAUACUAUCGACGAAGGAGAAACGCCUACAGCGAUCGGAACGGCGUCUUCAUGUUAAGUGUGUUACAUCACCAGAGCGAGGUAUACUCAGUUAAGUGGAAGGAGAGACAAAACGACCCCUUCUGUGUAGUCACGUCGAUCUGCUUCGAUGGAUAUGUCUACAUCUGGAGGGAGGCGACCAACAGCCAGAACAAACUCACCUUUGUGUCUGGGUGCCGAAUUUAUGUACCCUCCUUUGAGCAAAUGAUUAGGUGUGUAAAAUGGUGCUGGGUCGACAAAGACACGAGUAGCGAAGAGUACUGUCGCUUCUGGAGCAGCAACAGAAAUGCAAACAUCGCAAGGAAUGAAUACUUUAUUGUGUACGGCUCUCGAAAGGAGUGGCGUCCACGUGGGGGUGGGAGAAGUGGGAAAAGAGGCGCACCCCUCCGGUUCGACGAACGGGAGCAAGCCAUCUUCUCCGUCUUCUCGAUCUACGCCAUCUUCAACAUGCAUAGCCACGACGCCCACGUGAAGAACAUUCUCAGCUACGAAAAUAUUCCAAUAAACCUCCACUACGAAUGCGUCCUCCAGGCAAAGAUCAAAUAUGGCUCUCUUAACACGUCCCUCAUUUCAGUUUACACCGAUGAUACGUUCCUCCCAGAAAACGAGUAUCACAUCAAGUUCGGCCAAUGGAAGAUAAAAAAAAUAUGCCCCCUCUCGGAUUCUCUCCUACUAGACAGGAGUAGUACUCCCCAUAGGGUUGUGGCACGCGAGUUCAUUGCGUGGGACCACGCAGACGUCACUGAGUGCUCACUCUCCUCGAGUGGUAGCAGCUCCAUCACAGAUCACAGCGAACAGGGCAGAAGCGACUACGGCGGUUUUGGUGGUGCCCCCGAUGAUCGGCACAAUGGAGGGAGUACUUUUUGGAGACACCCCCCCCGCCGCAGGGACAACAUCAAAGAAAAUGACUUCCUCCUCUUUAGGAAGCUUUUCAGCACAGUGAGCAGCUUGAUGCCCCCAUUCGCUCUCACGAUCUCGACAUACAACGGAGACGUCUACAGAAUUAGGAUAAAACCGAGUGACAUAUGGAUAAAAAAAAAAAAAAGCGUCAGUGUAAGGUACAUGCUACAUUACAAAGCGUGCGAACCGUCUCCCAAAUGGGAAAAAAAAAAAAACAUUCUAUCGAGCAAAGCAGACCAGGAGGAGCCAAUCCUUCAACAGAACUGCGAAAUCCAUUUUAACGUCAACCAUAAUGUCGUCCUGGUGCGGGAUAAUCCAAACGGGAAGAUAUACCUCUACAACUUCGACAUGGGAGUUAAACGCAGAAGGAGUUUCUCUCAUGGGUUUCCCCUCCAAGCGGAGGGAAUGACAGGUGGAAGCGGGCCAACCAGAGAUGGUCGGUACUCAUUCGAAAGUCAUCGUAACAAUGACGACAGGGUGAUCAACCCACUAGAAGGUGCCACCUAUCCGAGCGCAACCAACAGGAGCGUUAAUAAACUACUAAAGGGAGAAAAAACAGGGGAAGCUUCCCCAUCGGGUGGUUACGAGAUGGAAGGUAUCGCACAAGUAGAACAGACACAGAGUGAGCGGAAGACACAGAGUGAGCGGAAGACACAGACUAAACAGAAGGCACGUAAGAGCUCCCAUCGGAAUAACCAUACUUCAAUCGAAGGCGCACUAACGAAAAAGAGAAGGGCCUUCACCCCCAUAUGUUGCCUAAACAGCAUGUACAUUGACCGGUACUAUAUGCUGAAGCACAAGGGAAGUGACACGCUCAGGAGGAAGGCUCAUUUCGUUUAUUCAUACUCGUACCAGAUGUGUAGCAUCUAUGAAGAAGUGAGGAAGAACCCACACGUGUUCAUGUCGACGAGCCAGUUUCUAGAAAAGAAGAAUACCAUUCCGUUGUCUUCCAAAAGCGCAGUUAUCGAUUCAUUUGAUUCCUUUUUCGUGGUCCUAUGCGUCGACAGAAAUCGAGAGUGCAUCUUCGCGCUCAAGUCGGAGACGCGGGACGUCGUCCAUAGUACCAAAAUGUUGUGCAUCUUUGACGAGGGAUCUCCAUUAAUCGGCUUGCGGGGCGGUUUGCAGGGAGGCUUUCAGGGCGGCUUCCAAAGCGGCUUGCAAGGUGGUUCCCCCCCCCCGAACGAACCGAACAACAAUGUCUACCUCAGCAAAGCGCAGGAGGACAUUUACAAAGAAGAAGGCGUGCCCUGCAUGGUGACUCGACACGAGAUAAGUGACUUCCGCCUCCACAGUAGAAACGGUCAGAACUACUUAUUCCUAAUUAUUAAAUAUAGCUAUACCAGCUCGGAUAAGCGGACCAAACACACUCACUUAGUUACGCUCUCUACAGUGCACAUUCAGAAAGAUAGUUUUAUUUACAUCAACUUAGAGCUGAAUCAGAUGUUUACCUUUUUUCAUUCGCUGGAGGAGAAGCUCCUAUUCUCGUACGUCCACCUCUCCUACCAAGGCAAGUUUAUUGUCGCCACGAAUCACACCCUGGGUGGGGGUACCACCAGCUCGCUUCAGCUACAGAGACGAUCUUACACUGUGAAUGAGCAAAAUGGGAAUUCCAUCCGCAUGGGUGGUAACUACGCACUGGUGGAGGGAAAACCUUGGGAGAAUCAUGACGACGAUCCUUUUUUCCACCCCGGGGAAGAUGUCCUCACCGUUAGGAAGGGUCUCCUCCACGUUGGAACCUCCUCCUGGCGGGACAGACAAUACGUGUUGGUUCUGGAUGAUGGAGACCCCAAGCAAGAAGGGCAGAACAAACAUAACGGUUUGUUUCCCUCAAGGGGAGAAGCCCUAGCCGAGGAGGAGUGUCUUACCAGGACUGAAGAGAUAUCAUUACACUUAAACGAAGUGGUCAACCUUUACCUCCUCUGCGAGGAACGCGGAUCCAUCUCUCAUCAUAUUCAAAUUAGAAAUGUCCCCGACCUCGUCGAUAUAGUCCUCCACGACAGCUAUGUCCUCCUACUCACAAAGACGAAACUGCAAGUGCUGAACCUCAAGACGGUUUGUAACGAUCUAAUCAGCAUGGAAGGGGCCAACAUGGAACAGGCCACCAUGGAACAGGCCACCAUGGAACAGAUCCACAUGGAAAAUGUACCUCCCCCCAUGGAGAGCACAAACAUCGUAAACUUCGUUUCGAUCCCCUUGCCCAAAAUGUUCGCAAAUAAAAAAACAAAAUUGUGUAUGACUUGUUCAGGUGAAAAAGGCAUACAUUUCAUUGUAGCGAGCUUUUUGGUCAAUUUGAAGCAGCUUAAACAGGAAAGACAUCAUAGGGGAAACAAGACAUGUAGUGGCAAGGCAACGGACGAGUUGUUAGCACAGAAAAAAUACUACAUCUCCGUGGUUCUCUUCUGUGACGCUUCAAAUCCCAAUGAGUGGAAGAUUUUAAAUGAUGAGAGGAACCCCUUCCUCCGCUCCAAGCAGGUGUUCUUGUUUGAAAAUAACUUGUUCCUGCUGGGUGGGGCGCAGAAGAGGGGCUUCGUUUGGGAACCGACCCAGAGGACGCUGCUCAACGGGGGACCCAUCAGCAGUGGUUUGCGUGGUCAAAAGGGGGAAACCGUCAGAGGGGCCAGGGGAGCGGCCACCGGAGCUGCCCCCGGAGCUGACACCCGAGCUGACACUCCGAGGAGGUCCCCCCGCGGGCACAAAAUCUCCCAGCGCAAAAUCAAUCUGUGCAACGAACUGAAGAAAUGCCGCAUACAAGGCGAAGGGCAUAUCGAGGGAGAAGCAGGCGGGGAAGGGACUUCCCUCCCCUACAGAAAGAGACAUCACGUGUUUUAUCACCCCCUCGGACUGUUACACUACAUAAAGAUGGGUCUCUUCUCUCAUGUCUUUAUGGCACUGAAGUUACUCCUGAGCCUUCUUCUAAACAGAUUUUAUAGUCAUGUUGAGCGGAUCAAACGUAGAAGUAACAGCUCAGGGGACGGGGGGGGUUCUAUCAAGAAGCACUGCUCUCUGCACGUCCUACUGAAUGACAACAAUCUGAGGAAGUCCGUCCAGGAAAACUUUGGAGACAUAUGCAGUGUACAGAAGAGCCACUUUCUUUUUAACUUAAAUUUUUUGACCACUGAGAUAGGAAAGUUUAGACAGAAUGUGCAAGGUAUGGUCAAUGGUGUUUCUAAUGGUGUUUGUAAUGGUGUCCCUAAUCGUGUCUGUGGAGGAGACACCGAUGGGAAGGAACAGGGGGAGGGGGGUCCCCCCCCACAAGGGAGGAACCAUAAUGACGAUACGGGGGGCCAUAAGGACAAAUCCAUGUACCUCUUCGAAGUCGAGUCGGUGUCGUUGGACGAUUUUAAUCUGAACUCUGAUGAGGAGGAAUCUGCCCCGUCGAAGCAGAGUGGGGAGCAGGAAAAAUCCCUCCACCCGUCGCGACGUUCCGAUGGAAGCGAUGGUCGAAGCGAACGUAGUGAUCGAAGCGAACGUAGUGAUGGAAGCGAUCGGAGUGAUAGAAGCGAGCUCAGCGAAGACGAACUGGAGCGGGCGCAGCGGAAGUUCAAGUCUGACCUGAAAAACGCCAGCGUGACUAACUGCCAAUUGACGGCCGAAGAGGUGAAGAUGCUGCAGAUCCUGCUGCUCCAUGUGAAUAUCCCUCACUUGAGAGCCUUCGACCAGCUCCUCCUCUUUUGCGUGCUGAACGCAUUCUGCGUCAAUUUUGUGGCGCCCCCUGCGGGUGAUAAUGCCAGUCACAGUGACAGUGAAAGCGUCGGAAGCAGUGUAAGUGCAGGUCGAGGUGGAGGUGACGACUUCGGCAGCAGCCACCCAUCGGAAGACCCCGCUGCCCAAACGGGCGGACACACCUCCAAACAAUCCUGCAGAUGCCACUGUGAACACUUCCGUCUGCACCUCCAGAAAGAGCUCCUCAAGACAGAAAACAUGUACCUGUGCGAUCACGUUCGUGGCAGUGGAGACGAGGGAACACAACCCAACGGAAGCAGCAUGACCCAAGUGAUCCUCUUCCUUUAUCGCCUCUACAUCAAUUGCUGUCUCUUCCUAAAUAUAACCCUGGAGAUUCACCACAAGUAUGCUUACCUCCUUUAUUUUGUGCGUGAGAAGCUUGCGGUGGAGCUGAGUAGUUAUCUGGAGAAUCUGCUGAUCCAUUAUAACCACUCCUUUCGCUUCCCCAUUAGUAGCAGUGACUUGAGGAGCGUCGACCUGUUCGACAUGAGUGGUGUUGGCAUCGCCUCUCACUUCGAUGGGAGACGCGGUUCCCACUUCGAUACUGGCGCACUUCCCUACCACUGCAAUGCUGAUCGAGGAGUGAUGCCCUCUUCCCUUUUUGCCUCCUCCCCUGGGCGCCUCAUACGAUGGACACACAAAGAAGAUGCCCCCCCACAAGCAGAGCUGAAUGUCCUAGUCGAACAAAUGAAAAACCUCAGCAUGGUGGAAGAGGAAGUACAAAAGUUUUGUUUUUUCUUUUCAUUCAGAUGUAUGAAAUUGUUUUAUGUAUUGCACGAUAGGGACAACUUAUUUUCCCUGCACGAGGUGCUGACGAACAGGACAAUAAAAAAAAUGAACAGCCUUAAUGUGGACGACAAAGAGAAACAGAAUGAAGUGAAUCAAUGUCUGGACUUCCUCGCAUUGUUAUACCUAGCAAAAAACGAGAAACAUAAACUGAUGAUGUUAUACAAGAUUAAAAAGCAACAGAAACUUUUUGAUUUCCUUUCAAAUGACUUUUCUCAGGAAAGAUGGCGUAACGCUCUGAUGAACAAUGCGUACAAGUUGAUGCAGAUUAAAAGAUACCAUCUUGCCAUCGCCUUUUUCAUCCUUCGUGGGGACAUCAAGGACGUGAUUGAUGUGGUUCAUCAAUAUUUAGACGACCCGCAAUUGAGUGUCUUCCUCAUCAGACUCGUUUAUGCCUCUUACGUGGAGAAGGGGCAGUAUCGGGAAGAGAGAAAUCCCCUUCUGGUGCCCGCAGUGUGCCUCCCGUUGGGGGGAAGUGGUAGCGUCCUAGGCGACUCCAGCGUGUCCGCGGUGCCGGGCAGCAGCUACCUCCCCUCCAGCGAGGCAGGCGGGAUCAGCGAGAUCAGCGGAAUGGAGGAAGUGGCAUCGAUAGGGGCGAGCAAUGAAGUCGAAGAGAAAUCGAGCAACUACUCCAAGAAGCCGCGUGAUUACUCGAUGGAGCCGUGCCACCCUCCGAUGGAACCGCGUAACUUCCUGGAGGAACACUUGGACUACAUUUUUGCGAAGAAGCUCAAGGCGGACCGCGAUGAAGGUGCUCAUCGUAGGUACCCCCUUCCGCAGAGAAGCUACCUGGACGUGAUGAAAAACAUCCUGCUAGGAAACUACGAAGAGGUGUUCUCCAAAUGUAAGGAGCCAAAGAGGUACGAUUUUCUCCUUCUGGUGUUAAAAAAUGUAAUAAUGGGUAGAAUAAGGAGAAAGAGACGGAGACAGGCGGAAAGACAGGGGGAUGCACUGAGGACGGCUUUUCUGUGCGGGUAUGGCCAAGGCGGACACAGCCAAGACGAUCAAGACGACUACAGCCUAGACGACUGCCGUCAAGAUGACUACACCUUUAGGAUGAGCAAAAUCGAGUGCUAUUUGACCUCCCUCCACUUUUGCUCACAACAGAUGAGCAACCUAUCGUUCAUUUUGCUGUUCCUCUUUUUUCACAACACGGAUAAAGACGAAGAGCUGAUUCUCCUCCACGACAAACUCAAAUUGUUCCUGUGCGUCUCUUCCGAAGCCUGCUUGGAGACCAUUCUCGGUGCAAAUAAAUUUCUGUUUCAGAUUAUUUUUCCUUCCUCCUGUGAGAAGGGGUCCCGGGUAGGGAGGGGCGAACGGGAGGACAGAGACAGCUCCGUUGACUUCACUCAAUCGUUGAAGCUGUUUGCGCGGCUGGUACAUUUGCUCUUUGAGUGCAUCAGCCGGAGCGGUGGCAGCGAACGGCGAAGCGGUCAUGGUGGUACGCACGCUGACCUGCACGGUGAUACGUAUGGCGAAUCGAACUGUAAAACACUUGGCGAUACGCAUGGCGCGGUCGAACCCGCACCGGCCAUGCUGCGCCUGAUGAACAAGCUCAGGGACAUCGGAACGAAGGACGACUGCGCGAGGAGGCGCAACCUCAGCCGCUUCCUAACCACCCUACUGCAAAAAAUAAGUAGCAUGCACGGUGGGAAGAGCACCCAGAUGCUGGUCAAUCGAGACUAUGCCAGCCAUUACAUGCGUUACGAAAUUGCAAAGAACCGAAUGACAGAUCCGAGUCUUACUGCACUGCCCAAUUUGUACGUUGCCUUAAACAAAUACAACACCCUCCUGACCCACUUAUUUUUCCACUUCUUCACUCUCCACAUUGCAGAAGAGGCACAGAGCGAAGACGUCAUUCGAUUCGUACUGAAUUGCAUUCUGCCGAUUCUCUUUAUCUGCGUAAAUGACGUCAUCGUCAUUCUCCGCGUCGGCCUUCGCAACUGCUUCGCUCGGGAGGGAAACCAGGAAACACAUGCGCCCAGCAGAUUGAAGAGGAAUCUCAAGGGCGAUUCGAAUCAUCUGUGUGAACCCAGCAGUGAGCCAGAUGCAAGAGGAACGAGACAACACCUAUGCAGCCAACAAGAAAAAACCCAUAAUGUCCACAUCAAGGUUGACCGAAAGUUUUUUUCUUAUCAUAUCCAUCUGCUAGACCUCUUCCUAUGCUACCUAACCGUGCUGGUAAUAUGCUUCCUCAUGCUGGACACACACUACGGAUUCUUUGACAAUGGAGAGAUCUGUGUGGAUAUACAGAACACUCAAAAGAACCAAAUUAGAACCCACCAAAGUAGAACCCGUAAAGGAACACACCUGAAAAAGCUAUUCCUCGUUUUGCACCUUCUACUCAAAAAAAUCAAAAAACUAAACUGGGCGAUUGAAAAUGUGUACAGGGAGAACAGAACCAUCAGCACAGCCGACCUUCUGAUUAAGUUCGUUAAGUGUGCUUACCUCAGUGGGAGGAAGGGAAAGCUUUCUCCAUGGUUGCACACGAGCAGUGGGAAGAACUCCCUCCCUGGAAGGAAGAACAAGAGGAAGAAAAUAAGCAGAAAUGGGAGGCAUGACGUGGGAAUGCCCUCCAGCGAAGGCAUAGACGUGAAUCUGACUCCCAUGGGAACAACCCCUUCUAGCAGGAGCAAUCUCCAGAAUGAUAACGACAUGGAACCACAGAUCAGCAUACGGUCGUGUGACUAUGUGCAUAAGGGGAGACCCCCCCCACCAGCAGCGUUCCCGCUUCCACCCGCAGCGGCGCAGGCGACGGAGGACUUAUCCUUCGAGAAAUAUUGCAUUGUGAGCAUCUUCCUGUCUACCUUCGAACUGCUCAUUGGCAACUUUCACAUCUUCGCGUACAAGGCGAACGUCUUCACGCCGCAGCUGCACCUGCGAGGGAGGGGUAGUCAAGGGGGGACUAUCCGAGGGGGGGGCCUCCAAGGGAUGGAUAACCAGCGGAGAAGUACCCAAGGGAGCGGCAGCCAUUCAGUAAAAGGAAUCGACCCACAUGGCGGUCGUCAUCUUCCAUCCCACACACACAGCAAGUACGGACAGGAAAACACGAAGAGGCAUGUGAACCCAUUCUACUACAACACGUGCAUUCUUCUCCACUUCAUAGACAGCUUGUGUCAUUUGGUAAAUAAGUUUCUCCUGUCAAGAAUGAAGAACCUACUCUACAAAUCGGCAUACAACAUUAAGAACACCCUCCUCACCUUUCUGUCCUUCCCUUUUUUCUUCAACAAAAUUAAGACGAAGAAAAAGAAUCAUGUUUUGUGUGAGCACUUCAUCGAUUCACAUAUCUCCCUCUUCUACAACAAGCCCCUUUACGCCAUAUGGAAGAUGAAUAGCUGCACUUAUAGAUCCUUUCUCCUUUUCUUUAACAAGAACUUCUACGAUUACAAUGAUGCUGUUAACGAUGUGGUGAGUUCCCAUAGGGGAGGCCAACAGGGUCAAGAAGCCGAGCCAUUCCAGAAGGAACAACAGGGGCAGCCCUUCCAACAGGACCAACAAGCCCAAUGCCCCCAACCGAAGGGAAGUUACCACGACGCCCACCUAAAUGAAUACCUUAAGUUCCAUCGGCUCUACAAAGAGGGGUGCAGACUAACCGAACAAUACCAUCUCGUCAUUCCAACUUCAAACGUGGAAAAGGGGAACAUGGCUUGUAACCAAACGAACUUUCUCUUUAAGAGGCCCAGAAGCUACGACCGUCUCUUUUCUUUCACGUCCAGAAUGAACUUCCUCAAAAAUCUCAAGUUGGGUGCUAUUGCACGUGGAAGUAGCAGUGAGGCUGCGAAACGAAUCGACAAAGAAAAAAGGAGAAAAACCCCUCUGUGGAAGAAGCCAAAUAGGGAAAGCAUCCAGGAGGACGAGGUGAGACAGUACGGCCACGUUAACUAUGACAGCAUUGUUAAAAUUAAAAGUCACCUUUUGAGGCACGGGACAGUCGAGACGGAGGGGAGGAGCAGUCAGGACGGUAGCCAAGUGGAUAAAGAUGAAUAUGAAGCUGAAGGUGAAGCAGAACGUGAAGCUGAACGUGAACAUGGACAGAGGUGGAACCACGCAGUGGGUGGUACGCCAGAGAGGAAGGGAUGUCCUAUGGAGCAGAGUCUCGUGGGAGCGACCCCCCGAUCGGUGCGUAACGGGAGCAGCGAUGGCAGUGUUAGCGGUGGUGGUGGCGAUAAUGGCCGACUUCUCGUUGAUGGCCGACUUGGCCGCUCUCACGGGGAGCGUCGGAGCACCCCGCGCAGAGCCCACUUCAGAGCGACCCGUGCAAAGGGGAACCAGCGGGACCACCGUGGAUCCUACCCGAGGAGCAACCCCUCUCGGAAGAGAAAGCACAAAAGAGGAAAAAAAGAACAUAACAAACUGCCGCAUGUCAUCCCCCUGUCUUAUCUAUUCAAUAACAUAGGUGACAGGCAUGUCAUCGAGCAGGGGAAAAUGGACCCUCACAACAGCACCAUCCUUUAUAUACAUCGAAAGAAUAAGAUCAAAAAAAUCUGCAUUUUGGAUCAUUUGAAGAAGCUCAAUAAGAAGUGCCGAUUUAUUAACUACAUUUCGCAUUACGAUUUGAAGGGCGAGAGGUGGAGAUCUUCUAGGGGUAGAAGUGGCACCGGGAAGAUGAAGCGAAAGGGUGCUGCCGCCUUAACGGGGGAAAGUCUCACCCAAGCUGUUCCCAAUGCGGAGAAAAGGAACCCACACAAAGGUGAAUUCACUGAUGGUGCCAAGGACGAUAAGGAUGGCAACUCUCCUGUGCGGGGCGACCGUGACAGUCGCAGCGUCGAAAUGGCUGUGCAUCCCACCCCAAAUGGGGACCGCCCCUGGCAUAGCUACUCCCUCCAGGGGAAAGGGGCACCGAUCGGGAAAGAAGUAAACACGUCCAGUGGUGAUAUAAGCAAGGAGGACAACCAGGGAGGAAACGCACAUGCGAGCUGUGGCGGUGGCAACGGAACAAGUGGCAACGGAACAAGUGGCAACGGAACAAGUGGUGACGGGCGAGGUGGUGACGGGCGAGGUGGUGACGGGCGAGGUGGUGACGGGCGAAGUGGUGACAGGCUAACUUCUAACAGACGAACUGUCGACCGAAGGAAUCAGAAAAUCUUCGUCGAUAUCGACAUGAACAAGCUUCUUUAUAUUUACAAAUGCAUGCACAUCCAGUGCAUGCACAAUCUGACCCCGUUAUGCUCCUACCUGAGGAACUUCGUCCCAAACGACAGCAGCGUCAGCAGCAUAACCAGCCUCUUUAGCCAUUCCUACAACAGCCAUUUUGUGAACAACCUAUUCUUUCAUAAUCUGUUUUAUGUUUACGACAACACUAUGACUCUUCUGCUGAACUCGAAUGACGUGGGGUCGAUAUUCUACGGAGGGGGAGGAGAAGACGGAGUCAACACAGCGUGGACAGCUGAUUGUCACCAAAAGGGGGACGGUCAAUCACGAGGAAAGAUGGAGAUGAGUAAAGAGGGUGCACUAAAGGAAGGCCAUACGUCUCGCCUCCCAUCAUCUCAGGAGAUUACUUCAUCCCCACGUGAGAGGCACGAAUCGAACGGAACGAAAAAGGCACUCCCCACAAAUGAGCACACAAGGGAGCACGCAGCUAAUCGGGCAAGGGACCACACAGCUGACCGCCAAACCAUCGCAGUAGGAGCAUCCAGCAGGGGAAGGCCCGAACGAGAGGACAAACUACAAACCAAUGUAACCAUCUCCAAAACUGCACAGAAGUAUAUCGAGACGGUGAUGCUCCUUCUAUACAGUAAUGUAACGCUAAACGAUUCGGACAAGAUUAUUACACGAGAAAAGGGAAUGGAAAAAAAAACAAAAAAUGACUUCCAACACCUCCAAGAAUACCUAGAAAGAAAUGCUAACACAUGCCUCAGGAAAAAAUACGCCUUCAUCAAUCAGAUGUCAAAUAAAAAGGAGGAGAGUUCUUUUCUUUUAAAGACAGGAGCCAUCAUUUCUCAUCCCUUUCUCCCUGUCUAUGCCCUUAUAAGUAUCAACCACGAGAAAAUUGCAACGUCGGAACAGCAACAGAUGGAUAGAAGUCGCUUCCAGAUAAGGUUGUGCAAUUUUUCGGUGAAUUAUGAAGACAUCUCUUAUAGAUAUGGGAUCAUCUCUAGUGUGUCUUGGAGUUCUAAUGGGAACUUUCUGAUGAUCUCUGAUGAGUCUGGAUACCUAUACAUAUAUAAUAUUUUUUUAGGGAUCUUUGUAAACCCUAAGGUGGUUGUCAGCGGUGUUGGGAAUGAUCCCAAUGCAGAUCGGAAUGGGCUUAACAGUUCUGGGGGGAGAAGCUUCGGACAUAAAAGGGAGAACAUCUCCGACAGGGGGGCCAAAGUCGCAUGCGCGAGUGGAGGCGAGCACGAGGGGGGCGUCCGGCUCCAUGAAUACUGUGAGGAGCGCGAUCAGUACGACGGCGGCGAGGGCGCCGAGGGUGGCGACGGCUACAACGAGGACUACGACGGCUAUUAUGACGACUAUUAUGACGGCUAUUACGACGAUCAAUACGAUGACGAGUACUCCGAUCAAUACGAUGACGAGUACUCCGAUCAAUACCAUGACGGGUACUCCGAUUACUACUCUCACGACUAUCACCAGGGCGAGGACCCCGGGGGGAAUCGCGCCGAUGCCCACUCGGACGAUCAGGGCUGCACCCAGGACGGGAGCUGCAAAGGUCAUCGCGCGGGAGAGGAAACGCACAACGAGGAUAAGCCCAACCAAGGGGGUGCAGAGGAUGGACGGGGACCCCAGGAAGGGCAAGAAAGGAACGGAAAAGCCGCCACAAAUGGCAAUGUCUCCCCAAAUGGCAAAGUCUCUCCAAAUGGGAAAACCACCCCAAAUGGGAAAACCACCCCAAAUGGGAAAACCACCCCAAAUGGGAAAACCACUCCGAAUGGGAAAACCUUCCCAGAUGGGAAAAACAAAAAAAACGAGGAGCACAACGAAAGCGCCAAUUUCGGAAGCAAGAUAAAGGAUGGCAAUAAAAAAAUAAGAAAUUUCUUUAAGGACAAUUUUCUGAAGAACAAUAAGAAAAACACCUCGGGCGAAGGAGGAGGAGAAAGGAAAGUGCGGAGACGGCAGAGGGUGAGGAGGCCGCGUCCACGCUGCAGGAAGGGCAGUUACAUCAUAAGGGAAGCCAUGUGUGUGGUAAAACUACAUGACGAAGUCAUAGAUGUGAGAUCUCUCGACGACUCCACUUUUUACUUGGUCAGCAUCGGCAAGGGGGUGAGCCGCAAUUCGGUGAGCAACCACACCGUCUUCAUUGACGCGGACUUUGCGACGGUCGAGGAGCAUUUGCGGCGCAGCCAGGAGGUUAGCGAGCCGCAGGAGAGGCAGCAGGAGAGGCAGCAGGAGAAGCCUCCGACUGAACAGCCGCAAACCGAAGGGAACGCCCAUGGCCGCCCCGAACUAAGCAGCGCGCAGGAGGAACGCCCCAGUGAGGCGCACAAAAGCCUGUCCAGUUCGAAGUUCGCCCAUUCGGAGUUCCUCAAAAGUGAUGUAGCUCGUCCGGAUAAGAAAAACCACUUCCCACCACAGCAGCUGGAACAAAAAAACAAAAACAAUCGUCAGACACAGCCACAGCCACCACACAUGAUGCAGAAAAGCAAAAUGAAUCACAUCGAUGCCUUCUUCAACCUACACGUAUUUAAGAAGAGAAAGACAUACUUCAAAUCUUCCUUCUUCCACUUGGAUGCUCAAAAUGGGAUGUUUUUUAAGAGUAGAAAAAAGUUGCGGAAUAUUGAGGACUUAGCCGACACUGUCUGUCUCUGUGUUUGGGAUUUGUGUUCCAUUUUGACCAACGAGGAGAAACAAUUCUUAAAGGGGAAGAUACCCGUCAGCGCUUCUGACGUGGGUCCCAAUUCGAUCGUCGAAAAUGGCGACUCCACCGCCAUCAGCAGCAGUAACAACGAUAGCAGCAGCUACAACCAUAGCGGAUACCUCACCCAUAGCAACUUUAACGGCCAUGCCUAUGGGAGCAAUGAAGUGACCAAUAAAGCAGGUGCCAAGAAGAUGGAGAAUCGAACUGUUCUUCAUCCCACCCUCGUUUGCAUCAUCGGAAACUUACCUGACAAUAAGAUCCAGUCGAACAAAAGGAAAAGCAACGAAAGCGGUAACUCCAUUACGGCAUUCUGUACUUGGCUAUCAUCCCAGAACUAUAUGUACAAACUUGUGCAGGAUCCUAUGGAGGCAGAACAACUCAUAUGGAGAAAAAACAAACGGAGAGGAGACCCUUCAAAGGGGAACAAUCAACUUAGCCAUAUGAUGGAAACGCCAAAGAAAAAAGGCCUCUUUUGGCACCUCUUUAAUCAUAAGGCGGUAUGCUCAAAUAACUUUUCUCAAGAUGCUUACGUUUUUUAUGGAGACCAGCUGGGUUACAUCCACGUGGUACAUCUUCAGGUCUACAAGAAGGUCCACUUCUUCCGGGCCUUCGACGUGCCCAUCUUCAAGGUAUUCGUGUGCAAGAGUCUGAUCACAAAGUUGCUUGUUCUGGCCGACACACGGCUUCGUAUUUACCGAGUGGAGUCAGCCCUCGAAAUAACGCUCAUCAAAGAGGUCCAAAUAAAACAUGACGUGCCCCCGAACAAGUGCAUCUGUGAAGAGAAAAUAAACGAACUAAAGGAAAAGAAAAAAAAGGAAGAAAACGAGAACGACGGGGUCUCCAUCUUUAACUUGUCCUAUUUCCUCUCCUCCAAUUACCCCAAAAAGCAGAACAACACCGGAGGGGAGGACAAACUCAACAGCGUCAGCAGCGUCAACAACGUCAGCAGCCUCAACAACGUCAGCAACGUCAGCACGGGUCAUGUCAAUAUUAGUGGCAUUGGAAGCAGCCUCGGGGAUGGAAGCAGUCCCAGUGCGGCAGCGAACCUUGCCGGAGGUGCCAGCCUCAGCGCUGUUGGCAGCAUCACAGCGGUUGGCAGUGUCAACCGCGUUGGCAGCCUCGUUCCCAAUGCCAGUAACAGCUUCUCCGGGAAGAAAAACCAACAACAGCAGAAGCGGCACCACGACCACCACCCCCUGGGAAGCUACUCCAACACGCCGAACGACUCCCCUCACAACUCAACCCUUGUAGAUGUGAAAACUGGCUCAUUAACACCCCUCCUGAGUGAAGAAAAGGGAAAGGAAAAACCUACCUCCACUUUGAAAGAAAAUAAUAAUACACCUUCUAAAGUAAGGAAAAGCAGCACGUCCUCCAAUUCGAUGAACCCCUUCAAAACGAUAAGUGACAGUGAGGACGAGGCAGAUGCAAAUAGUGACAAGGAAGCUUACCAGAGCGUCAUUAUCGGUGGAAUCAAUUUUGGCUACCUUGGAUUCAAUUUCUCCAAAUUCAUGAAUAACAAAAAAAAGACGACCAUCGUGGAUGCCUACUUGCUCUCGAACUCGCACUUGGUCACUGUCUCCAGCAACGGCACGCUCACCCUGAUUAAGGUGUGA